CUUAUUCGAUGAUAUAACCAAAUAAAAUAUAUACUUUCCUUCAUUCUGUGUAGUAUCCCUGUAAUGGCUGAAACCAAAACAUUCGAAAAUCAAGAAAAAACUGCGAUCAACAUGCCUGGCAAUUUGCCACUUUAUGGCAGUCAAAAAAUUGACACCGAAAAACAGCGGUUUCCGCACUGCAUUGUCUGGACACCCUUACCAUGUAUUACAUGGCUGUUUCCAAUUAUCGGACAUAUGGGUAUAUGUACAAGUGCAGGUGUUAUAAGAGACUUUGCUGGUCCUUAUUUUGUCUCGGAAGAUGACAUGGCUUUUGGAAACCCUGUAAAAUAUUGGCAGCUAGACUUGGAUAAAGUAAACAAAGGUAAAGAAGCUUGGGAUCGUGGUGUGAUGGACUCUUGUGAAGAGUAUAAACACAGGAUGCAUAAUUUAUUUUGUGACAAUUGCCAUUCCCACGUUGCCAUGGCACUGAACACAAUGAAAUACAAUGGUAAAACAUCGUUCAAUAUGGUCAACCUUUGUUUUUAUAUGUUACUGUAUGGAAAAUACACAAAUACUUGUGGAUUUUUGAAGACCUGGUUACCAUUCUUGAUCUUUGUUGGCAUAAUAUUGGCAGUUGUCUUGACAACAUCAUUGUAAACAUUAAAUCUCUUAUUGUGAACGACUGUGAUAUUUUGUAGAAAUAUUUUUUUUACUUUUGUUUGAAUGAUAUCCUGGUAAUAUACAUGAUGUCUGACUUAAAUUUCGAUUUAAAAAAAUACUGUUUGAUAAUUUAUAGAGAAACAGUAGACAAUGAAAUACAUGGGGAAAUAAUUAUAUAUGUAUAUAUAAAAAGAGAGAGAGAAAA